ACAGCGCUUAGCUUCUUGGUGGCAAACCAGGAAGUAACGCCAAGAAAACUUCCGGUUGGAGCAGCGGCAAUCAUUUGACGACCGAUUGAUUUUGAGUUUACAUUUUUUCAUUAGAAAUUGUCAGCAACAUGUCCGCCUCGGAGCCGGUCCCCAUGGGCCGAAAACGUGCCCUGCCCGCGUGCCCGAACCCGCUGUUCGUCAAGUGGCUCACCGAACUCCGGGACGAGGCGAGGGAGAAAGGCUUGAAGCUGCAGUACACUUACCAGAAGGCUAUCAGCUCUCUGAAUAAAUAUCCUCUUCCGCUUCGUGAUGCCAGAGAGGCCAAGAUCCUGCAGAAUUUUGGGGAUGGCAUAUGCAAGAUCCUCGACUCGAAGCUCCACCAACACUACAGAGAAUACGGUCAGGACACGGCAGUUCGCGUGGAAGCGCCGCCGCCUGUCGGCUCAGAUGACAAGCGUCCAGUUUCCAGCCGGGAGAACACCGUUCAGGAUCAGAAAAGAGGAAGAGGAGUGGCGAAGAAAAGGAAGAGGGAAUACGCACCCCAGAAAGGAUCCGGCGGCUACGCCGUGCUGCUCGCUCUUUACAGACACUCGCAGGCAGCGGGCAGUAAAGGGUUCAUGUUCAAGAUGGAGCUGCAGGACCAAGCGCAGCAUCUCUGCCAGAAAUCUUUCACAGUGCCCGAGCUCGGCAGGAGGUGUACGGCCUGGUCGGCGGUCGCCGCACUGGUCAAGAGGAACCUGCUGCAGAAGACGCACUGUCCCGCACGGUCGGUCCUCAGCUUCUCCCGCCUUUGCUACAUGAACAACACGCCUACAGAAAGAAGCUACUCUCUGACGGAGGAAGGCACGUCUUUGGCGAGGCGACUGGACGCGCCGGAGCUUGCGUCCAAAGCGCCUUUGGACCAAGACGAUGAUGAAGACGAUGCCAUUGACCUCGCUGCGAGUGAGGAUGACGAGGAGGAGGACGGCGUACAGCCGAGAUGCGAGGCGGCGAGCGGAGGGCGCCUCCUCGCCGGCACCUUCGACAUCGUCCUCUGCGUGGACGUCAUCGAGACGUGCGGCGGCGGCCGCCCCUGCAAGCGGGAGCUGGUCAGAGAGCUGCAGAGGAGCCGGGUCAACUUCGACGUCAGGAAGCUCAACGUCGGCGACUUCCUGUGGGUGGCCCGGGAGAAGGUCACGCCUUCGUCAGGUGCGCUUUCGGCUCUCGUCCUGCCGUCCCGCCGCCCGCCCGCCCGUCUGUCUCUCGACACUUACGCUGAAGACUCCGCAGGUCGUGCGCGAGAACUGGUCCUCGAUUACAUCGUCGAAAGGAAACGGAUGGACGACCUGUGCGGCAGCAUCAUCGACGGACGCUUCAGGGAGCAGAAGUUUCGCCUGAAGAGGUGCGGCCUGCGCAGGCCCAUCUACCUGGUGGAGGGAGGCGGGAAGGAGGCGGCCCACCUGAGCAUCCCCGAAAUGACCCUGCGGCAGGCCGUCGUCAACACGCAGGUGGCGGACGACUUCUUCGUCAAGCGGGUGCGGGACGUGAGGGAAUCGGCGGCCUACCUCGCCGCCAUGACCGCGCAGCUCGCCAAACUCUACCAGAAGCGCACGCUGGCGUGCCGCUCUCGCGAGCUGGACGGUGACCCCGACCGCCGCGACGUCGUGACCCCCUUCUGUUCCCUCGUGUCGUUCUCCGAGUUUAACUACGGCGCUGUCAAAAACAAGAGUCAGACGGUGCGUGAAGCCUUUGCCAGGCAGCUGAUGCAAGUGAGCGGCUUGUCGGCGGACAAAGCGGCGGCUGUCCUGGAGAGAUACAGCACUCCGCACAGUCUCCUGGCGGCGUACGCCAAGUGCAAAAGUGACGACGGGAAGGAGAAACUGCUGUCCGGCGUUCCAUACGGGAGGCUCAGCAGGAAUCUGGGUCCAGCUUUGAGCCGAACUCUCUCCCAGCUGUACUGCACCAACGGAGCGCUGUCUUAGCUCGUCUUCCAGGUGGACUAUGUCUUGCUGUCGCCAUUUGCUUUUUGUCAUUUCAUUCUGCGCUUAUACAGGAAGUAGUCGAACAGAUCACGUGACCGUGCACUGUUGAAGUCGCUCGGCAGAAUGUCGCUGGAAACAAACACGACGAGCCGCCGUGAAGCUAACGGAGCAACUUAUUUCUACGGUUCUGAUCCCUAACCUGUGACAAAUUCCCUUUCUUAUAAAACAAGAGAACAAGGGGGAAAGUCGGGACUUGUUUUUGAACUUUGAAGUGCAAUUUCCUAAUCAAUGGUAGUUCUGUUAGCGUGGAAUUUCUUAAUGUAGUUCAUUUGAGCUGUAUUACUGUCAUUACUAGUAUUACUGGAUCAAGUUCCUCCUCAACUUGUUUUGGACAGAUUUCAUUGUUUUGCUUCAUAUCCCCGAGCAAGGAUUGUACAAGUGUUCUCUUGGUUUCCCUUUUUUACGUGUGCUAUUAUGUGCAGUGUCCCCGUUGACCGAUCCGUUCAGUCAAGUGCCAUGGGACACGAACCUCUUGGUGAAUGACAUUCAGAAAAUGUAAACUUGAAAGUACACAAGAAGGCGCUACUAAUACCAUACAUAUUAGACUAAUAUGCAUCAAUGUAAUUGUAUGUCUUUAUAAUGUACCUGAAAUAAGGUUCUUUUCCUAAGUGAAGGUUCUGGUUCAGAGAAAAGGUACUAGUGCCAAGAGAAGGUUUUAGUCUGAAGGUUUGCAUUUUGCAGUUGCAGUUUUUAAAUCUACCAAUGUGUACCACCAUUACUGUGACAAUAAAUAUGAAUAUUAAAUCAUUAA